CUGGACCGCGAGCCAGGUUAACGCACUGGAUUAAGGAGACUUUAUUCCGCUUCAAAUCCGUACCACUCAGUCAUGUCUUCGCCCAACCUCAACCCCACCGUCCCCAAAUCCGCACCCUAUGGUCACGCUUGUGUCGGGUGUUCUAAAGCCAAGUCGCGAUGCAUUAGUCGAGGACCCGGCAACAGCUGCCAAAGAUGUCACCGAAUGAGUAAAGAAUGCCACCCGUCGACCGUUGCAUCCAAACGUCUCGCUCGACGCCCAGCGAGCAAGACAGUCCGGCUAGAGGAGAAACUUGAUGAUCUAGUCACGUUGCUUAAGACGCAAGCUGCGACGAAGCUGUUGGAACAACGCCACGACUUAGGCGGCGCUCGGAGCGAUCAACAGCACAAUGGUUUCAGUUCAGGUCUCCCAACUCGUUCUAUUGGAGACUCACUACACAGGCAACCGAAUGAGGCAAUUCCAGCUAUUCCCGAUAUUAGGGCGGAACCUGGCAGACUGUCUGAGAUGUCCUCAGUCCGCACAACACCUCAUUCGGCUGAUUCCCUCCAUUCCCUACCCCUACCGCCAUCACAAGCGGACGAGUAUCUAAGGACUUUCCAAGCCCACCAUCUAAAAGCGCUGCCUUUUAUCCACAUUCCACCUGAACUUACGUACCGCGAACGCCCAUUUCUCUGGCUCAACAUCCGAGCACUCUGCUGCAAGUCUACGUUGGAGAGCGACAAGUUCCACAAGACUGUUCGCGAGACCCUAGCACAAAGCCUCAUAGUCGACGGGGAGCGCAGCAUUGACCUCUUGUUGGGACUCAUUGCAUAUCUUGCCUGGAGAAUGGAUCAUGGCAAAGGUAAAAAGAUUCUGUGCACUUAUUCGAAUCUUGCGGCAUCACUUGUCUUUGAUCUCCGGCUCGAUCGGUCUGACCAGGAGACUCCUUGUAAAGAGGAACAUGCCUACAAGUCCUUUGACUAUCCAAUCAAGCAACAAGUGCCAACUUAUCGUACGAAUGAGCAGCGGAGAGCGACAUUGGCAUGCUUUUCGAUGUGUUCAACCAUAUCAUCAUUUCUCAAGUCGCAGCCAAUGAGGUGGACAUCGCAUAUGGAAGACUCUCUACGCCAUCUCGUUGACGAAGCCGAAACACCCGGUGACGAAUUACUUGUCUCUAUCGUCCAAAUACAAAAGGUCAUGGAUGUUGUCACUACCUUGAUGCAUGAGCGUCUCUUCGAGUCUGAGGCACAUGGUCCUCCAAAGGCCCCGUCCAUAUUACAUGUGAAAGCCCUGCGCUUAAAUCUCGAGGCUAUCGAGAAGGGGUUUCGGCCAGAAAUGGCGGAAAGCAAAGUUGUACGGUCAUACCUUUACGAUACCUACAUGAUGAUCAAUAACCUGGCCCUGUGUAGCACAGGUCCCCCCACAAACACCUUCAUGUUAAACGAGCUUGAAAGAACAAGGUGCUUUUACGCCUGCAUCCAUGCCAUCAAACAGGGUCUGGACAACUGGUUCUGCCUCACCCCGGGAGAGUUGUUUGGAGCAUCUCUAGGGUUGCUACUUCACUUCGGGCGCUACACUCACGUUCUUUACCGCCUCACCAUGCGAGAAGAUCCAGCGUGGGACCGCGCCGCCGUACGAAACGCAGUUGAUUUGAUUCAAACCCUAGAACGCGGCGCCGAGCAUAUGGGCGCAGUACCUGAAGCGGUUCAGUUCCGAAGUGAUGCGAGCGACUUUUUCACAAAGUGCGCCAUGACACUGCGAGGCGCAAUUCCCAUUUGGCAGAGGGCUCUUGGCGGUGUGGAUGCGACCUUGGGUACGGACCUUGCGGCUCAGAAUGCCGUAGAGCUGGAGGCUCCGGAUGUUGCGCCGGGCGACUUUGUGGCCAUGGACUUUUCCGACGAUGCCUGGCUGUCGGAAGUUUUUAGCUCGUGGGAGUCCUAGAUAUGAUUCUUGCUAUUGGGGUCAUCUGAAUAUAUAGAUUGACAAUGGUAGGAUUCGCCAUUGAUGCUAUGCAUUUAUGCUAUCCAAAUUCCCUUGCUUGUUAG